UUUUAUUUUAUUUUAUUUUUUUAUUGAAAAGUGAUGAAAAUGAAAAACAAAACGUUAAAUGUACGACAUUUUUUCUAAAAUUUCAUUGUUCCUUUACUUUAAAAUCAGCAAAGUAUAGGGUGGUCAAGAUAAGAUGGAGCAUUAUUAUGGGCUAAGCCUAUUAAAGAGGUCCAUGUUAUUUUGGCCAAAAUAAACACUUUUCAAUUUUUUAAGUUUCAAAAAGGGCAUUUGGCAAUAUCCAAACAUAAUUUGUAAAAUUUAUUGAAAAAUAUGCAAUGUGUUAGCCCAGCUUAAAAAUUUUAAGACCGACUUUAACAAAAAAACGGUCAUAAAACCAUAAGACCGACUUAAAAUACGACUUAAAAUUUAAAGCCCGACUGAGUAGUGAAUUCCAUUUUCUAGGAAAAUCGAAUAUUUUCAAGCAUUUCGAUGAAAUUUUCUUGAAAAUUCGCAAACUUUUCUUUUUUUUACUUUCAAAUGAAUUAAUUUUUAAUUAGAGACAUUUUUAAAUGAUUUAAUUUAUUCAAUGUAAAUUAAAUAAUCAGACUUAACAACACUUAAUUUAAUUCAAAAGAAAAGCUCGCUGAAAGAGACCUAAAUCGCUAAAGUUUUUUUUUCAUUUUCCUUGCCCCCAGACACAUGGUUGGGAUUUAAGUACAUAAAUUUCCAAAUAAGUCUAUCCAGUCAUCUUUAUUUGCUAUAUAUGGUGCUCUGCAGUGCAACCUUGGCAAACAUCCAAAAAACCAAAUGGCAAAGAACUAUUAGCAACAAUAUUUUUUAGCACCUCACAGUGCUUUAAUCCUUCUGCGAACAAGCUUUGGGGAGAAGCAAAGCAGAAAAUUCUCUUCUCCAAUUUUUAAUUCACUCAACUCUGUGUGGGAUGAAAAAAAAUCUUUCUUAUGGUGCUUUUUCUCAUUCAAGCACUUCACACCGAGGAUUCCAUUUAUUUUAUUUUCUUUUUUUUUUUUUGUGCUAAUUACCAAAUUGCACGCAACGAUCUAGUCAAUUUCUCAAAUUAGAGCGCUUUCAGUGUGGAAAAGGAGCCGAAUUCUUGCUUUUCUUGGCGCCAAAUGCAUUUUCUCGAUGAUUUUCGAAUACUUGCGAUUGAAGAGAUAUUAAGUUCUUGAUAAAAAAAAUGGCCAUUUAGCUAUUUUGUUAAUUUAGUUAGGAAGUUAAAGAAUUCACCAGUUGAAAUUUUAUUAACAUAAUGAUAUAUUAAAUCUAUUUACAGUGAGGUUAAAAAUUAUACGAGAAAAAAUAUUUAUAAUAUUUACCUAUGUUUGUUGCCACAUAGGUGAUGAUGCAAUGAAAUGUUGCAUAAAAGUGAGAAUUUAUGAUAUUUUUGUAGGAGAAAUUUUAAUUUUUAUCAAAGAAAAUUUCCUUUGAAAAAUAAAUUUCAUUUUCUUAAAUUGAAAAUUACUCAAAAAAAAUCUUCCUUUUGAGUCCCUUCCGAGGGAGAAAUGGGAGAAAUCUUUUCGUUUAAGUAUUUUUAGAAAUAAAAAAAUAGUUAUGUUAAUAAAGAAUUUAUUUUAAAUAAGGGAUGGUCACGUUAUUUUGGAAACUCUACAGGAACAAAAUUGCCAAAAUGUGAGAAUUUCAAAUAAUUUUUUUGAGCACAAAAAUUAUUUUUCAAAAUUGAAAAUACUGAAUUCUGAUCAGUUUUUGGCCAUUUAACAAGAGUGCAAGCAAAUUUCGAAUUUUUGGUUUCAAAAUUGGCUUGAAAAUCGCUCUUGAAAGUCCCCGAGUUUCCAAAAUAACGUGACCAUACCUUAGAUGAGAGAUCUUUCAAAAAAAAAAUAAAACCAAAAAACUAUUUUCUAAAGACAACCCAAAAUGCUGUAUAUUUGUAACGAAAGAGUUCUUGUAUGAUAGAAAAUAUAGAUAAAAUAAAAUAAAAGAGUUAUAAAAUGUAGAUAAAAAUGCCAUAGGCGGAUAAAGAUUAAAAGUUAAAGAAACGUGUGGAAAUAUGAUGAAAAAAUCAAGAAGAAAAACGUUUGUAAUUGUGGAGAAAUUCCCAUUGUCUAUAGUGGAACUAUAUAUAUAUAUUCAGUAUAAAGAGAAAAAAAAAGGUCAUGACAUAUCUUCAAUGAAGCAGUUUGUAUAGUAAAAAAAAGAAAGAAAAGAAAUAUUUACUAUUUAAGUAUUAAUUGUGCAUUUUGCAGUUAUGUAAAUUUAUAAUCGGAAGUAUAACUUUAGUGAGAGUGGGAUAAAUGAUUUGGAAAAUUACUGUGAGAGAUUUUGUGAGAAUAAAAGAAAAGUGAAUAAUCGUUUUUAAAUUUAUCGAAAAGUAAAUGAAGAAUUUCAUAAAUAUCAUAUAUUUUUCUACUGCAUAUUCUCUACUUUAGCAAAAACAAAAUGGGAUGAAGAGGAAAAUUAAUGAAGAAAAAAUACAACGUGUUAUUGUAGCAAAAGAGGAACAUAUAUUAAUUUAUAUGAGAGAAUGAGAAAUUUUUAUCUACACAUAAGAGACAGACAGGAGAGAAACAAGGGAGUGCGAGCUUGAAGACGAAAAAAAUUCAAAUCCUUAAAGCUCAUUUGAAAAUCUUCUGUGGAAAUGCCUCAAAAUGCUAUUGAUUGCGUAUAGCCACUUAUAAUCGGAUUAGUGAGAAUAAUUAAUUAUUGAUAUUGUUGCAGGUGAUGAUAUUCUAUGUCCUAUGAUGGAAUUGUGUGGAUGUUAGUAAAAUUUGCAUAAAUCAUUCAACAUUCCGUACGUUUUAAUUGUUUUUCAUUUUGUGCACAAUUUCAGUAUCACAUGAACUUUUUGCAAAUACAAAAAAUAUAAAACUGUGCCAAAAGUCUUAUUAAAAUUUGCACCACUGCAAUUUGCAGCAAUUUCGAUGAAUUUCUCGCAAAACAGAGUUAAUGUUCUUUGCAAAAAAUAGAUAAGAUUGAGAUACUUUUCAAAAAAAAAAAAAAUCUGUAGGUAAAUAAAAAUUUUGGAUUAUAGCUUAAAGUAAAGUUUAAAAAAAUAUAUAUCAGAGAGAUCAUUAACCCUAUCGCGUUCAAGCAAAUUUUUAUUUGAUAAAGUAUGUUACCCAUUUUGAUCAGUCUAUGACCCAAUUGACGCAAAGGAUUAAAUUAAAAGUAUUAUUGGACAGAUUUGUCUACUACAGUUCACCUUAAAACAAAUCUAAUUAAAAGACAGACUUGUAGUUAAAAUCGCUGUCUUAUACAUAAUAUUUUAGUCAGAUAUGUAUGGCAGGAAUUAAAUAUUUCUCAGACUUGAAUUUAGUACUUGAUAGGUUAAAUUUAGUACCUACUAUUUUUUUUAAAGUUUUUUUCCUCAAUCUGAGGCUUUUUAGAACUAAAAUCCUUAAGGUUUUUCAAUUUGUAUUUAGUACUAUUUAGGUUUGAAUUUAGUACUCUUAGGCUUUUACUUUUUUAUCUUUUUAUUAAGAUAAACACCACUUAAUUGGACAGGACUUGAGUCCUAGAAUUUUAAGCUUGAAUAGGAUUUUUUUAAAGAAAAAACAUGAACAGAUUUAUUUAAGAAAAUUAAUAAUAAUUUCAAAUAAUUUCAGUUGAAGGAAUGACCUCGGCCGUAGCAUGGUGGUAGAGUCGAUGCAUUUUUCGGUGCAUUUGCUCUACCUCCGCCGAGGUUGUGGGUUCAAAGCUCGACACUGCACGGCAAUUUUUCAUAUUGUCGGAUGGCUGUCCCGCUCAUACCCACGGACAAUAUUAGUGAUAAGAGCUGAUAUUGACCAUGCUGCAAAAAACUUGUAAUUUCGAGAUCAAAACCAUAUGAAAGAUACAAUAGUAUAUGUUACAUCUCGAAUUGCAAAAGAACAAAGGGGGCACGGAGGAAAUAUUCCCACACAUACUCAAUAUGUGUGGUGGUGCUCCCCACAACUGCCGAUUUGGGAGUUGACAAUUUCUCCACCACGAGGAGAAGCGCCUCGACACGAAAAAAAAAAAAAAAAAAAAAGUUGAAGGAAUAAUUUUAGAACUUUUUUCAGAUCUCAAAUAUUAGCCAAAAAUUUUUUUUCUGGACAAUUUUGGAAUCAUACUUUACCAUUAAUUUAAAAAAAAAUCUUGGACAUACCUGGGUUGACUUCCAAAUGUUCUUCUACAAGAAUUUAAUAAAAUUUUUCGUCCAUAUGCAACAUGGAAACAUUGAAACAUUCGAUCUUUUUAUCACGAUAUUUGUUCUGAAGAUGCAUUCAGAGAACAUUUCUCAGUCAAAACGUAUUCUUUGGUCUAAUUUACGUAAAUUAAACGCAUUUCUAUCUUGGAAAAACAUUUAAUCUCAUUAAAAUUUCAUAUAAUAGAAUGUUUCACGUUUUGGUCAACCUAAGACCCAAAGAAGGCGAAAAGGUUAAAAUUCACUAAAAAAAAAAUCUCAAUCUUAUCUAUAUUUUCGCAGAAUAUGCUCUUUAUCAACUCUGUCUAGAAUAGAAUUCUCAUUUCAAUUGAACGAAAAAAAACAUAACGCAUGAAUUGCUAUGAGAACUUUAGAUUAAGUAGAGAGACUCUAAAAUUGAAAUAUUUAUUAUUUAAUUUUCUUUCAUACUAUUGGACCAUAUAAAAUCACAAUCAAUUAAUGUGUAGGAAAAUAAAUAAAUAAAAAAUGAAACCUAAUAAAGAAUCUAUGCCUUCUUAAAAAUAAAUUUAAACAAAAAGAAAAACUAAUAUAAUGACCAAUUUAAACGAAGAAACUAUAAAUGAAAAUUAGGAUUGCCAAUUCUAAAGAAAAAGGGAAAAAAUAAAACGUGUAGAAGUGUCCUCCUUGUUAGUUGAAAUUCAACUUUGGUAUUCAUGUCAUGCAACAUCACCAUAGAUGAUGUGCAGAGAAAACUUAAAGGUUUCCAUUCACUCCGACGUGGAUCAUCUUAGAGUUGGGAUUUUUUUUUUACUUUUUCAAAUGGGAAACGUGUCGUCCUCUUUGAUUUUUCAUUCUUUUUUUUGUGAGAUUCUCAAACAAGGGCAUGUGCUUGAAAGUAUGUAAUGUGUGUAGAACAUAGUUAGAGCGCAUGAGACAUCCCAUCUUGUUAAAAUGUUACACCUGUCCAAACUUAAUUGAAGACAAUGCCAAAAAGUCUUGUAAUCUGCAUCGAUCCGUUUGCAUUAGAAACUUAACAUAACUAAGCAUGACCUUACAGCAACCAAUUAUGUACAUCACAUGCACUGACUUUUGCAUGUUCUACUUGAUUGAUGGACAAGACGAAUGAAUUUUUCUUGCACCACACUAAACUUAAAUUUUCCGUUUCUGCGACGUAGUCAGGGAAAAUCUCGUAGGGACAAUUAAUUAAAAUACUUUCAUAAACCUAUACAAGAACAAAUAAUAUGUAAUACACGCCAUUCAAUCAAACAGAACGUAAAUCCCGCAGAAUUUCGCGCGAUGAUGUUGUUAAAUAGUCGCGAUGCCAUUAAGAUAAUGAAUAGAAGAAAAAAAUUCAAAAAAAAAUCUGUUGAAUAUUGUGUAAAAGAAAAAAAGGUGAAAAUAUUAUUUUAGCUGCUGUGUACAGGGACUCUUCGUGUUCAACCAUUCUCAUUCUCUCCAUCACAGGUUGAUAAGAAAACAUAAAAACAUUAAAACAGAACUAAAAGACAUAAAAAAGAGGAAAAUUCGUAUUUCCAUUUCAUCAACUUUCCAUCCAUUUUAUCGUGGCUGUCGUUGGGAUAUUGCUGAUGAUGGUUCAGUUUACUAAAGAGAAAAUUCUUUUAGCUCUGAAAAUUUUCAAAAAAGUAUGUAUUUAUUUUUAAAAUUAUUUUUUAAUUGAAAAGAAAGGAUAUUUAACAGUAAGAAGCUUGAGAAAAAUUAAUUAAUAUUUGCUUUGCAAUUUGAUAAUUAAAUUCUAUUUUUUUUUUGCAUAUGAAAGCGAUUAGGAAUAAAUCACAGAGUGGGGUGAUUGAAGUGAACAGAAUUAAUAUUGCUAUUGUAUACUUCAUGAAAUAUUCGCAAAUUUUGUAAAGUAUUCCGUUAUUCAAAUUAUCUGUGGGAACUACAAAGAAUAUUCUCAGUUUUCUCGGUAUUUUCUUUCAUAUAACGAAUUUUUCAAAUAUUCCUCAAAAUACUCAGAAUAUUUUCAAAAUAUUACAAAUAUUCGGAAUAUUCGACAAUUAGGAGCAUACAACAUUCUCAAUAUUACUUGACAACCUGAAAAUUCUUUUAAAAUUUCUUUUAGAUUUCUUUUAAAAAAACUUAUUCCUUGAAAUUAAAAAAAAAAAUGAGUUUUACCUCAUUUCCGAUUUUAAUAUUCAUAAAAUAUGUAGAAUAUUCUUAAACUGUCACGAAUAUUUAAAUUAUUCUGAAUAUUUUAUAUUUUCAUUAUUUUCUAUGAAAAUAUUUGCCACCUGUUCAUAAAGUAUUUGCUAAUUAUUCCGAAUAAAUCUUCAAAUAUUCGGAAUAUUUUUUUUACUUUAUCUUACUCUUUUUAGAAUAAUAUUAAAAAUCUUUUUUCUCAACAUUUCAAAAAAUGAAUUUUCCUUCAUCUUUGAACCACACCAGCUGCCAAACUACAGCCAUAAUAAAUAAUCCUUGUAUUAAAUCAUUGCCUCUAACUAACAAUAUAUCAAAUAAAAUAAAAUCAAAACGAAGCUAGAAAAGAAAACUGCAUGGAGUUCUUUUGUGAACUCAUUAAAUUUUUGUGAGUGUGAGUAAAAAAAGAAAGAGAAAAAUGUAUUAGAAAUUUUGUGAAUUAUGUUGUUGAAAUGCAAAGAGAAAAAAAAGGUGAAUAAAAAUGUCAAUAUAGAACUAAUCCCGAAUAUUUAUAGAUAAUGUACAAAAUGUAUAAAACCUGAGGAAUGUCUGACAAACCUAUGUGCAUAUUAUAGGUAAAGAAUAUAGUUAAAAAUUAAAGUUAAAAUAUGAAAUAAAACAUUGAUGUCUAUUUUUAGUAAUUUAACGGAAAACACUUCAUUUGCUUGCCUUAUUUAUCAAUUAAUUAAUUAUUUUUCUGUUUGUUUGGUUUGUUUUCUAAUUUUGUUUCAUUUUUCUUCAAAAAAUGGGUAUUUUGAGUAUUUUGUGGAAUUGUAGUGGGAAAAUCGCCAGAAUUCUGCAGUCGUUUAUCUUCAAUUCAACAUUUUUCAUCAGAGACUGACUCUAAAGCGUUAACCAUACUUCAGCGUCGCUAAAGAAAAAGCCGGGUUUUUUUGUUUUCUCCCUCGCACCAAUUUCAAAAUGUAUAGCGUCCUCUCCCUCAUUUUUAAAACCGCGUUUACAUCUACACACAAAUGUUUAAGCAACGUUGUUUCAGUUCCACAAUUUUCACACAGUUUCUUCCCAUUUGGCACCUCGGGAUCUUUCCUAGAGCUUUUAUAUGAACUAUUUUGUGCCACAGGAGGAGUAGUUUGAAGAAAAUGCGGAAGAUUUUGAUAAAAAAAACACCGUAUUUACUUACCUGAUUUCACACCACACACAAAUGACAUGUCACAAUUUGCCGACAUUCUCCGACUACAAUACGAUGUCAAAAUCAGGUGAGUGAAACAAAAAUUUUUUUCAUGGAAAUUCCCCACAUUUUCCUCCAGAUACUCUUCCUGAGGCACAAAAUAGUUCAUAAAAAAGCCCUAGGAAAGGUCCUGUGAAGCCAAAUGGGAAGAAAGUAUGUGAAAAUUAUGUAAAUAAGAAAGGAACUAAAACAACGUUGCUUAAACAUUUGUGUGUAGAUGUAAACGCGGUUUUAAAAAUGACAGAGAGGACGCUAUAUAAUUUGAAGUGGGUGCGAGGGAGAAAACAAAAAAAAACCCGGCUUUUUCUUUAGCGACGCUGAAGUAUGGUUACCGCUUAAUAAUCUGUUUUCACUGUUUCAGAUAAACAUUUUUUGUAGAAAAAAUUCUUUAUUUGUUUAGUUCUUUAAGUUAAAAAAAAUUCUUGAUUUGUUUUGUUUUUCUGCUAUUUUUUCAGCAUAUUAAGGAACUUUUGAAUAUUUGAGAGGUAAAUAUAAUUUAAAAAAAUCUAAAAAUUCUUGAUGAAAAAAUUCCAUAAAAUAAUUUUCAUAAAUUAUAAUAAAAAAUCAACGGAAAAUUCUCGCGCGCUAUCACAAUUUGGCAAUUGGUUCCGUGUACCGCGUGCACAACUGACCUUGACCAUUAAAAAUUUGUUUUUCGCACUGUCAAAUUUUGCCAAGUUUAUUUUUGUGUUUUCCCACCUAAAAUCACUUUAUUUCGUGCACGAGGCGCUUAGGGCAGUCACGCAGGGUACUCACGGAAGUUUUGGUGGUGUUGUGGCUGAAAAUCAAGGACUCCUUCAACGAGAAUUCGCGCGGGAACUUGUUGGGCUAUGGCAGCGGCGAACCCAUCUCCAGUGGAUGCCAGAAUCCGGGAGUACAUCCGGCGUGAUAUUCAGGAUACACGUACCAAUAGUCGCAAUAGUGACCUGGAUACGGUGCGGUGUGGCCUUGGGGAAAUUGUGGACGUGAUGAGCAACAGUAUCACGCAGAAAGAUGUUCAGGGACUCGCGGCGCGGAUAAAACGUCGCAAACGAGCCACGUCCAAUGAUCUAAUACGCCUCAGUAAAGCUUUUAUGCGCAAUUCCGACAAUAUUUCCACAUUCAUUCGCAUCCCCGGGGCACUGAAUGUCAUCAUUAAGGAAUUCACGGGGCAGGAUGCUGAUCUGAAGCUCUGGGCCACGGAGUGCCUGUGCAAUUUGUCCCUGGGUGAUGAUUUCUGCUGCGAGAAGGUUGCCCUCUUGGCGGGAACGUACCUCCUGGCGUAUGUGAAGAGCUCCAAUAAGCACCUGGCACGCCUCUGCCUGUGGGUGCUGUGCAAUCUCGCUUCCGGUGGCGGGAAAACCCUCAACACGCUCAUGUCGCAGGAAAUUGUCCGGGAGCUCGUGGCAGUGGUGCAGAAUGACUUCGAUGAGAACAUCAAGAAUGAAUGCCUCAACUGCCUGGAGCUCAUUGUAUCCCACGAGGGGCAUGUCCUCAGUGAGGAAGACAACAAAAUCAUCAUUCACGCUGCCACAGAGGAGAAGAACCCACAGACACUCGGUGGCAUUCAGCUUCUCUACAGAUACCUCUCCGGUAGGGAUUUCCAGCUCCCUGAUCUUGUGGAUCUCACCAAGAUCAUCCACUUCUGCACACAGCACCUCACAAAUUUCCCCACAAAAGCCCCAACGAGGGACAUCGCUCUGGGCUUCGUGCUCUACGCCAUACGCAUCCUUGGGAAUUGCACUUCUAUCCAGGAGGAUGCAGCACACAUCUUCCUGCAGAGAUUCCAGGAGAAACCUCUCUCAGAUACCAUCAAUCACCUGCUGGAGUCCACGAAGCAAGAUGAGGUCACACGGGAGCUCCUCUGGUUCGUUGGGAGUCUCCACAACAGCUCCUACCCCGUUGUCAGGCAAUACCUCGAACGAGAUAGCCUCGUUCACAACACUCGCUUCCCAGUCAUCACAUCCUUCUGAACAAAAUCCUUUCGAAUCAUUAUUCUGUAAGUUCUCUCUCUCUCUCUACUUUGAGUUUUGUUUGAAAGCUUUUUCUUAAAAAAAAAAAACAAAAAUAUUCAUAAAAGACGUUGUUAACAUUUUUUCUCAACAUGUUCAAAAUAGUCAUAAAACGAAUUUUUCGUGAAUUUUUGAAAUAAAUAUUUCCGUAAAAA